UUUUGAUUAUGAUUAUUUUUAUUACAAGUUUAUGCCGUCGGGCGUAAAAGGAAUCCAAAGUGAAAGGGGUCCUCCUCCUCCUCUUCUUCACCACAUUAACACUUCAGUCUUCACUACAGAGCCUCCGGAUCCGAUCCAUACCCGCCCUUGCUCGCCGAUUAGGGUUUCAGAUUCGUCGAUUUUCCAACAAAUUGAUCCGAUAGCAGAAGGCCGGAAGAUGAAGAAAGGCAACCGUCACUCGAAGCAAAUCAUUGAUGCAUCCAACUCCGAUAAUUCCGAGAAGAGAAUUCACCAACUGGAACUCGAAAACAAAGCUUAUCAGAAGGAGGUUGAGGAGCUGAGAUACAAGCUUGCAAAUGUUUCAUCCACUUCUGGUGAUAAUAGUGCUCAAAAGCUCAGAGAAGAUUACCUUCAAAAGUUGACAUUCCUUGAAGAUCAGGUUACAGUGUUGACGAGGAAGCUAGAUGCUCAAUCGCAACUCUCAACCCAAAGAAGAAGAGGGGACGAGUCAACAAAACAGUUACAUUUUGAGAUUCAGAGAUUGAAGGCUCAGAAGGUUCAACUGCAAUGUAAGAUGAAGCUAGAGUCUGUGCAGUUCAGAUUGCAUAAGGCUUCAUUGGAAAAAGAAGUUCUUCAGCUCAAAAAAGAUAGUAGGAAAAAUGAACAUGAGAUGCAGAACCUAUUGGACUCCAAUCAAAGACUGAAGAAGGUUUUGCAUCGAAAGAAUGUGGAAGCUUUCAUGGCCACUAAACGGCUUAGGCAGCUGUUAGAAUCUCGCAAGGCUUUGUUGCACAAAAAAGAUGGUGCUAGAAAUGGGAAGAUUGCAGCACUUGAGGGUAUUGAGCAUGAGCUUGAUGACACAACACAGUUACACGAACUAUGUUCUCAAUAUGAGCGUCAAAUAGAAGAGAUGGCUGAGGAAGCUGCAAACCUUAAGGAUGAAGCAGAAGCACGACAGCAAGAAAUGUCGAGGUGCUCAUGCCAGGAGAAAGAGGUUGACUGCUUGGAGAAGGAUUUAGGUAUUAAAGACCUGAAGGAACAAUUUGUUAGCCUAAGUAGUUUGGUUGGACAACUAAGAUUGCACAAGGCUGAGCUUGAUCAUGGGAGUAAGUCACAGGGUAUUAUGAGUCAACAUUCUGUUUCUGUUGGGAGCAAUAGUUGCAAGUUAGGGGUGGACUGCACAUCUGUAUCAGAAAAUUCUAAUGCCAUAAAAGUCAAAACUGCAUCAAUGGUGUGUUGCUCAUGCAGUAAGUAUUCUCUGUGCAAGACGAUGAAAUGCAGAUGUCGAUCCACCGGUGGUGGCUGUGGGGCAUCAUGUGGCUGUGCAGCCUCUAAGUGCAGUAAUAGAGAAGCAGCAGCCCCAAUCAAGUCGGAUGACUCGCCACAAUCAGAGAAGCCUGAUGGCGGUUUGAAUGGUUCGAACGUCGUUGAAACAGAGAAGAGUAGCAUAGUGGCUUCCCAAGGUGCAAUGCUGCUUCAGAGUGCACUAGUUGAGAAGCCUGCUGAAUCAAAUGACAAUCUUGGGCCACGAAAGAAACCAUUAUCUGAUAUUGGGAACAUACUGGUGAAUGCAAAUGGUGCAAAACCUGGCCAAAGAAAAAAGGGGAGAAAAACGGCAAUCCGGCUUGUUACUGUAGACCCAACUUCCUCACUGCCAGUAAAUAAUGAAGGCCUAAAUGAAGCCGAGGAUGGAAUGUAGGCAGAUAUAUCCAUGAAGUUACCAAGGGCCAAUACAUAAUGAUUAUAUAUCAAAAGGUUGACAUAGAAAGAAAAAAGAAAAGAAAAGAGAGGUCAGUAGCACUAUGAAUUUUUCGUUAGUUGAUUGAUGAUCCUGCUCGGCUAGUGUAAGGCAUUGAUUGAGGUGAAAGAGAAGAAUCGUUGUCUUUAAUUUGAUAAACUUUUUGGAUCUAUAACUAGGCUUCUAUGUAUGGAUGAAUGCAUAGAUUGAUAUA